AUGGAGGAGAGGGGCCAGUGGAGCAACAAGGUGGAGUUCAUCCUGUCCGUUGCAGGCUCCAUCAUCGGCCUGGGCAACAUGUGGCGCUUCCCGUAUCUCUGUUACAAGAACGGAGGAGAAAAUUGCGUGGAGUUCCAGAGGAGAAACACCUCCAUCAACCAAACACUCUUCCAAAAUGCUACCUCUCCGGUCAUGGAGUUCUGGGAGAGACGAGCGCUGAGGAUCUCGCCGGGGAUCGACUGCAUGGGCUCGCUCAACUGGGACCUGGUCCUGUGUCUGUUCAUCGCCUGGGUCAUGUGCUACUUCUGCAUCUGGAAGGGGGUUAAAUCCACAGGAAAAGUGGUCUACUUCACAGCAACGUUCCCCUAUCUGAUGCUUAUCGUGUUGCUGGUGAGGGGACUCACCCUACCUGGUGCAGGAAUUGGGAUUCAGUUUUACCUCUAUCCUGAUUUGGGACGUCUGGCAGACCCACAGGUCUGGAUGGAUGCCGGGACGCAAAUCUUCUUCUCCUAUGCUAUUUGCUUAGGCUCCUUGACAGCUCUAGGUAGCUAUAACAAAUACAACAACAACUGCUACAGAGACUGCCUGGCGUUGUGCUUUCUGAACAGCGGCACGAGUUUCGUGGCUGGAUUUGCAAUCUUCUCCAUUUUGGGUUUCAUGUCUUAUGAGCAGAACGUUCCCAUCUCGGAGGUGGCGGAGUCUGGCCCGGGUUUAGCCUUCAUUGCUUAUCCACGUGCUGUGACAAUGAUGCCCUUCUCUCCCCUGUGGGCCGCCCUCUUCUUCAUCAUGAUCGUUUUUCUUGGGCUGGACAGUCAGUUUGUGUGCGUGGAAAGUCUCGUGACCGCCAUCGUCGACAUGUACCCCGCCACCUUCCGCCGCAAAAACCGUCGGGAGCUCUUCCUCCUUGCUGUGGUCUUCCUCUCCUUCCUCGUGGGCCUCAUCAUGCUCAUGGAGGGUGGGAUGUACGUCUUCCAGCUCUUUGAUUACUACGCUGCUAGUGGCAUGUGUCUUCUCUUCAUGGGCCUUUUUGAGACCGUUUGCAUUGCGUGGGUCUACGGCGCCGAUCGCUUUUAUGACAACAUCGAAGACAUGAUUGGCUACCGUCCUGGGCCUUACAUCAAGUACUGCUGGAUGUUCUUCACCCCGGCCACAUGUAUUGGUACCUUUGCCUUCUCCCUCAUUAAAUACACACCGCUAAAAUACAACAACGAGUAUGUUUAUCCGUGGUGGGGCUAUGUGAUUGGCUGGCUACUGGCUCUCUCCUCCAUGGUCUGCAUCCCCCUGUGGAUGGUGUAUAAGAUCAGCACCACCCAGGGGACGUUCAGGGAGCGCAUCCAGCUGCUCAUCACGCCAUCUGAGGACUUGCCCAAAACCAAGAGAGAGCAGGAGAGGUUGCUGGCCAUUUUUGCUCCGGAGGGAGACUCCAGCAGGAAUAAAAACGGCUACCGUCCCGUGUCGGAGCAAGACUCCAGCCUAUGAGGCACCAGCGGAGCUACAGAAGUGGAUUUUGGUUCAAUUUCAAGAGCCGAAUAGAAUAACACUGAGACAGCUAAAUCACUAAUAGCUUGCUUGUGAAUGCAGCCAACUAUCUCGAUAUCCAAUAGCUCUACGUAGCGCCAAAGCACUAUUUGUAUUAUAUUAUUGUAUUAUCAUAAGUAAAUAAAUAUAAUAAUACAUUUUUGUCCUUUGUAUUUACGAGUACGCCAUUUUAUUUUAUGAAAUAUGCUGCAAAUAUGCAUUGUCAAGAUUACUGUGCUCACUGCUGUAGAACUAAUAUGUCAGUGUAGUCUU